UCGAAUGCCCUUUGGUUUAACUUUCAUCGGGGUCACAACACACUGCCGUUAACAUUUUUGUUUCAACAAGUUGCGUUCUUUAAAAUUAUCCCACUUUUUAUGGUUCAUUGUUAUUGCACUGGAAAUUGGUUUUUGUAGGUUGCUUUCCACACAUUGCCUGAAAAGAUGAAAUUGGACCUCACCUUGAACGACCGCCACAACUUGCGGUUCCAGUCCGUAUAUGGUAGUCUGAUACCCCAGAUCGCCCGAAUGGGGCCCUUUAAUGUGGCAGAAGUAACCUGCAUCCUGAUGAUAUACUACAAGUAUAGCCUCCAAAAUGGACCCACAGCCCGAAGGAUAACUAGCCCUCAGCUGGUGAAUAUCGUCAUUGGCUUCCAACAACUCUAUGACAUGGACGUGGUAGAUCGCAUCGUGACCCAUAUCUGUGGUGGUCGAAAACAUGUCACUCCUUUGGAGUUUGUCAACUACAUCGCCAUCAUCAUGACCCGAGAUAUGGAGCAAAAAAUGAAUUUUGCUUUUAAGGUUUACGACAAAAAUGGACUGGGCAUCAAUCGCGAAAUUAUUUCUGCGGCGGUCGAGAGGUUUUUCCCAGGGGACGAUGACGAAGUGAUCGAGAUGAGACUGGAUAUGGUCGAUUUUCUACUCCUUAAAUUUGAUGAUGACCAGGAUGGCAUAAUCACAUAUGAGGAGUACAGCAGAGUCGUCCGUAACCAGCCGGGCCUGCUUGAAUUUCUCGGCCCCAUAUUUCCCUCCGAAGAGGCGCGUCUGGUAAUCGCCUACUGCACGGCCAUAUACUCCUACAUUCCCGAUAUGAACAUAUAGAGUGUUUGUGAGGAGUGUAUGCCGUGGAGCUGGCAAUUCGCCAGGACACCCUUGUCGCAUAAAUCUUUCAGGCACAAAUAAAUCGAAAGCAAUGCAAA